GACCGUUCCUCCGCCCUCCCACCCCCAUCCCGAGAGUUAACCGACUCCGUAGCGUAGGGGCGCCUCCCGGUUGCCUAGCGACGGCGCUUUUCCCCGGGACACAUGCGUAGUUAGAACCUAGGGGGUUGGCUGCUAGAGCGGUGGGCCUGGCGGGAGGAGAGGCCGGGCUGGAGCUAGCGUAGAAAAGAAUAUUUCACCAAAAUGUAAUCAAGUCUGCUUAUUGCGUCCUAUCAGUGGAAAAGACUUCCCUGUAGAAGGAGCAGCAUAUCAGCAAAUUGGUAGAGCAUAUCUUAGGGAUAAGAUAAUAGCUCCUACCACAUGUGCAUUCACACUGAAGGAUGACGCCUCCGUCAGCAGGAUCUUAGCUGCUCCAGACAGUGUGAAACAGCCUGUUUUAUAACUAGCAUUAACAUUGGUUGAGUGUAAGGUGUUGCUUUUAUUUCAUUGGGACUUAUUGAAUCAUGGUCAUGGCUUGCAGAAAUAUAAACAGAAGGAAGCAUAUCGGACUUCAGCAGCUUUCAUCAUUAACAGAAACAGGACGAAGUUUCCUAGGCCCAGUAAAGUCAUCUAAGUUUAUUAUAGGUGAAAGAUCUCAUGAAAGUGUGUUAACCUGUUCUAUCUUGAGGCUUCUUGAAAAUCUGGAUUUAAAUAGUUCUGUUGGACAACUUCUUCAUGAAACAGUGCAGUCACAGAAGAAUGCAUAUGGGACUGGGACCAAUACCCUCUUGUUUCUUGCUGGAGCAUGGAGCACUGCUGCCCUAGAAUGUCUUCAGCAAGACAUCCCUAUUUCAGUCAUAGUGUCAGUGAUGUCAGAAGGCCUGAAGUCUUGCAGGAAAGAAGUUGUUCCUCUUCAGAUUUCAUUGACAACAGAUAUAGUGGACAACACUGGAGACACAAGGAGAUAUCCUUUUCUUGGAACCCUGAGUAUCAUUCCCAGCCCUCUCGUGCAGAUUCCAUCAGAUUGGAUACAAAGAGAGAAGCUCAGAAAAGAUGUGUCUUCUCAAGCAUCCACUCCUUCAUUUUCUUCCAGGCCUUCUUCUGAAUUUUCUUCUAGGUCUUCUUAUUCUCAAUCUGUACCUCAAAUUAUGUUGCAAGCUCCCCAAACCAAUCUGUUUACAAAUAGUUAUACCAGCAAAUCAAGACUAAGCCAUAGCAGGCAUUUUAAUAAGUCAGAAAAUAUGUCUUAUCAGACAAGCAGUGAAGAAUAUCACAACUCUCAUAAAUGCAAUGAUUUGGUGCAGUUGGCAGUGGGUCUGAGUCAUGGAGAUCAUAGCAGUAUGGCAUUAGUGGAAGCAGCAGUCAAAUGUCAAUAUCAGAAUGUACGUGUAAGGAAGAAGAAUUGUACGGUGCCAUUUAGAUUUGAUAUUUCAAAAAUUUCCACUUGCUGUUUACCAGGCAUACCAGAAAGCUUUUCUUGUGUCUACUCUGGAUAUAUUACUCUAAUAUCAAUAAACUAUACAACUAUAAUCAGAGAACUCCAGAAUCAGCCUUUGCGGGUAGUUCUUAUUGAUGGUGACUUCAAAGAGAAUUACCAUCACUUAGGAUUUAAUGGGCUGGGAAAAGUUAAAACUGAAUUGGAAAGUGUGCCGGAUCAAGAGAGACAGUGGGUGGACUAUAUUUUAGAGAUAUUAACUCAGUUAAAUGUAAAACUAGUGAUGGUGCGAGGAAAUGUGUCUGAAAAUUUAAUGGAACGAUGUAUGCAUAGUAACCUGCUGAUAAUUGGGCCAGUGAGUCAUCAUGUGUUGCAGGAUUUUGCAGAGGUCACUGGAGCAGUGCAGGUCACCUAUGCUACACAGCUGAAUGAAGACUGUGUGGGAAGUGAUGUCAAUGUGAGCUUGUGGAGAGCAGGCCAACUGAACCCCAAAGAUGUAAGCAAAAGAGUCGCUAUUUUAAUAAAAGCUGAAGGAGUGCUUUUGGUUACAGCUGUGCUCACUAGCCCCAUCAUAGCACAGAUGCAAGCCAAGGAAGAUCACUUCUGGACUUGUGCUUAUCGCUUGUACCAUGCUCUAGUGGAUGAGAAGGUCUUUCUUGGAGGGGGCGCUGUGGAAGUCUUAUGCCUUUCCCAUCUUCAGGGGCUGAUAGAACAGUCGCAUAAAAAAGUAGACCUGGAUUGUUCAGGACAACUUCUUACAACUUCAUGGGUGGCUUCUUCCCAGGAACUUUAUAGACCGGCUGUACUUAAAGCCUUGGCGGGGGGAUGGCACAGAUACCUUUCAUCAGUUGUGUAUAACACAGGCACUUGCUCUUCAGAGAGUGAAGCCAGCACAUUCAUUCAAAACUUUCUCCAAAAAACUACAGGCUCGGGUUGUCCCAUAUUAUACCUUCAGAAAGAAUAUAAUAAAGUGAUUAGUGGUAUUUUAAAUUCAGGUCUUCCCAGUAAACUAAAGGAAAUUUUAAGGGUCUAUGAUGUUGUUACACCAAAGAUGGAGGCAUGGCGCAGAGCAUUAGAUUUGGUAUUGUUAGUGCUUCAGACAGAUGCUGAAAUUAUUACUGGGGCUGAGUAUACACAGUUAAACUCACAGGAGACUGAAGAAUUGUUGUUAUUGUAGUUCUGUACCAUGAUAAUAAACACCUUUAAAGAAAAUCCAGGAUUUUCUCCACAAGUAAAAUAGUAGCCACUAUACCAUUUAUGUUGAAUAUAGAUGUAAUAAGUACCAAGAAGAAAAAAAAAAUUUAAUGCCCUUCUCUUCCUAACAGUAAAUGAGAAACUUGAGAUACUUUUGCUGCUUAAUCUUCAAAAGAACAUUAUCAGAAUUUAGCUAAAUAAGUUCUGGACCUGGAUCUUGCCUACAUGUUUUAUUAAAGAACUUUUCAUAUUAUAAAAGCAACCUACCUCCUAUACCAAGAGUAAGACCAAUAAAUUUUUUUUUUUCCAGAUGAGAGGCCAACAUUUAUAUGCUGGAAAAAAAAAAGUAAUUGGAUUGUCAACUUUUUCAUUUUAUUUGGAGAAAAAAAAGAAUGUAUAAGGUUCAGUGUGACAAGUGAAAGAAUUUGUCUUAUUUAGUGAUGGGUUUAAACCUAUGUCAUCUGAAAAAAAUUACACAAUUCAUUAGUUGAGCUUUAUUUCUAUUUUUGUUUUUCUUUUGUUUGUUUAAAGCUGUAGAGGCAGAAUAUUAUGGAUUAAAGUGGUUUUGGAGAGAAGGUCUGCACUUUAACUGGUUAAAGUCAUAGGUUUUGCCUUUUUGUAUACACUCAGACUUUGUUUUUUGGUUAAAAUAUCCUUGAGAUUUUAUUAUCUCUAGUAUUAAAGUACAUUUUACUUUGUUGUACAUACUAUACUUAUGUGUUUAUAAGUUGAAUUUUAAAAAUUGGAUCAUUACAUGUAAUAAGAGAAAUCACUAUGUAAAAAGUCCAUUUGGUAUGAAAAAAAUCUCCCAAAUUUUAGAUUUUGUAAAUUCGUAUUUUUGUAUAUUGGGUUUAUAUGCUAAGUUAUCUGUAUGUUACUCAGAUAUUUUCUAAAUCUUGAAGUUAUUGAGAUAAAUUUGCUUUUUAAAUGUAUACAGCCACGAGAUAAAUUUGCUUUUUAAAUGUAUACAGCCACAAUAAAUUUGGUCUUUUUAGUAUCUAAAUAAUACUAAUUGUUGUCAAGACAAGGAA